AUGGAAGAGAGUCAAGAUGAAGAGCAUAGACAGGCCAAAUCUGUCCCGCACUCCUCAAAAUCUCGUUUGAUUGCCAAGUCAAUUUCAAAGCCUCCUGGCCUAAUAGAUGCAGCUGUAGACUCCUCGAGAGUCUCAAGUGAGUGGAAUGUGCGUGCGGCAGAUACGGAAGAAAGUGCGGAUAUUGAGGAGAGCGGAGAGGGGGUGGACAAAGAAGAAGAGAGUUUAGGAGGCAGUACGAGUGUAGAUGAAAGACUAGAAAAAGUGCAAGAGGCUUAUCGGCACACGAAAGACUUUAUGCUCUAUGAUAUGCAAGUAAUGCAUAUCUUAUGGAUUAGCGUUUACUUAGGACUUUGGGAGCGGCGUUGUUUGUUUGUUGAGCCAGUUAGUCUUUUUCAAGACCAAAGCUAUGAGUUUCAAUUAUUAUGGCGUGGAGUUCUUUGGCUGGGGCUAUUAACUAUUAGUGGCUGUGCGCUUGGUUUUACGAUCGGUCAUUUGUUAGUGGAAUUGGGAGGAAUUUCGACACUGCGGCAAGUAGGUCGGCUGGGAGUUCGAUUGAGUCUCUUUUUUGGGCUGCUUUAUGGGUGGAUAAAGGCAUGGCAGUGUCUGGCAGUCUAUGGGAGUUGGAUGAUGGCUAAGGUAGUGAUAGUGGUGGUUCAUGGCUUGUGUUUAAUCUUUGCAAGUGGAAUUCUGUUUGGGGCCGGGGCUCGCUUUGCCCUAUGGAUAGACCGGAAACGGGUUAGACGAGGGAUUUUGACGCCGGAGUAUACAUUGAAGCCAAAGAGCAAUGGAAAGUUUCUAAGUGGGUGCUUUUUAUUUGGUGCAUUAUUAGUGCUACUAGCGGCUACUAUUGCUCUGUUAGGGAUUGAUGCUAUCUUCUAUGAAUGGUAUUAA